UCAGCUUAGUUUGUUAUUAUUGAAAUUGUUAAUAGGGGAGAGUGGAGACUGGAUACAAAAUUAACUCAAGCAUCUGACAGCCAGGAUGCUACAUUGAAAGGUGUACACUUACCAGUUUCAAUUUCAAGUGGUAUGCGCGAAGGCUGAUGGUCAAAUCAAUCAAUAGACGAAAUUUAAUUUUUUUUUGUUAUUUUUUGUGCAUUUUGAACAUUUGAUCAUAGCUUUAGUUACUCUCUCCAAAAUUCUUCCAGUUUCCAGGAUUUUUUCCGGCCAUCGGACGAUAUAAAACAGGAUUCAUUUUAGUCAAUAGUUGCGGCAUAUAUUUAGCCGAUUGGAAAAAAAUUGAAACUGUGUUAAAAUUUGACUAAAUUUUAGGAAUAUUUGGCUUAAUCAAUAUCACAUUUCACCAUGUUUUUCUUUUAACAAGAAGAUACAUGCUACCCCAAGCACCCUUAUUUUUGCAAGAGAAAUUUCUGCAGCAGUGAUUUGAUAUGUAUAUUAGAAAUAACUAUAAAAUAGACAGUUAAAAUAUGAAAGAACAAGUGAAAACGGCCAAAAUUAUUAUCCUUGCAAAAAGUCAGUUUAAGCAGUAUUAAAGAAUUUCGGGUUGGCAGCGGUGUACGGCAAAAAAAAAAAAAACAAAAUGUUACGUUCUAUUCCUUGGCUAUUAAAAAACCAACCCAGCAUUAACGUUCUAGUCCGGCAGGAGUUUUGCUCCGAAGCAUUACGUACCGCCAAAGCAUUCUCCGUUGGAAGUAUUCAAGAAAAGUGGGAAACUCGAUUCAAGUCGGAAAACAUUCCUGAAGCCGGUACAUCCAUCAUCAACAUUCUAGCUCACGUUUUGCAGCUACCAAAGUUGGAUGAUGUUCGCAAAAGCCAUGAUCUUAUACUGAGCGAUAGUCAGCUGAGCAAGAUAGAUGAGCUUUGCCAGUGCCGCCUCGCUCGGAUGCCCAUACAGUAUAUAAUCCGAGAAUGGGAGUUUCGGGAUAUCACGCUAAAGAUGAUCCCACCGGUGUUUAUUCCGCGACCGGAGACUGAGGAACUUGUGGAACUUAUACUACAGCAAAUCGAUACUAAACAGCAGAUGACAUUCCUAGAGAUAGGUUGUGGUAGUGGCGCAAUAGUCCUCUCAAUUUUGAAGCACGUUCCGCUGUCAUCAGCAAUUGCUUUGGACCAAAAUCGACUGGCGUGCGAGCUUACACUUGCAAAUGCUCAAAGCCAAGGACUUCGAGACAGACUUAGAAUAUUUAAGCAUAAACUGGUAGACAAACUUCCCAAGGAAAUUGAAGAUGAUAAAUUUGACAUGAUAAUCAGCAAUCCGCCGUAUGUUCCUUCCGGUCAGCUUUUGCAACUGGAGCCGGAGAUUAAAAUCUACGAAGAUCUUCGUGCGCUUGAUGGUGGAGCAGAUGGAUUAGCUAUUAUUAGAGCAAUAUUGGAGUUAGCCGGCGAACACUUGAACCCGGAAGGUACACUGUGGCUUGAAGUGGACAGUUCUCAUCCCGAAAAGAUUGCCGCAUAUUUAGACGAACACGAGUCAAGAAUAGGAUUGAAAUACAUUUGUUCAUACAAGGAUCUUUUCCGCAAUGAGAGAUUUGUAGAAAUUAUGAAAGUUUAGUACGAUUAUGUGACCGUUUGUUAUUAAAUUAGAUAUAUAAAUUAAUACAAUUUUGCUUCUUGUUGACACUAAAGUUA